UCAGGUAUGCUAGAUUCAUUGUCGUAGUCUUUAAAUCAGAAGUGUUUUGUAUAAAAAUGAACGGGAAAGUAAUUGUCCUCCUUGUUGCGUUGAUGGCGGUAUCAUGUUACAGCACACCAUACAAACGUGUUUCAAAUAAAAAGUCCUGUCCAUGUUUUAAAAUAUACCUCCCAGUGUGUGCAUCUAACAGAGAGAGUUACGACAAUUUGUGUGAGUUCCAAUGUGCUGCGGACCAUUUAUUGCUCACAGAAAAUAUUAAACUGGAAAUAAUUAAGGAGGACCGCUGUGACUCCUUUGACUUCAGUGAUGGCUAUGGCCAAUAGUGCAACUCUCCAAGUAAUAAUAAGCUACAGAGCAGCAGUAUUUAUUGUAAAUAUAUAAAUUUUAAAAUGUG